CUUUGGGACACCAACCUACCAGAGCAGGACUGAACAUUUCUAUGAUAAUUAUAGCUGUAGUUGUUGACAUCUACUCUCAAGUCGAUGCUUUCCUUACAUCCUUAGGCAUUUUUAACAUGCUAGCUUUAUAAAGAACAUAACCAUAGAGCUCCAUUAGGAUCUCUCAUGAGACUUCUUUCAACCCUUUGGUUUAUGGCCCACGAUCAAGUAGUCCUCUCUAAACCGCUCCAAAAUGUCAUCUCCUUCCCCUCUAUCUGACCAUAAACAUGCCUGACUCCUGAAUGGGGGGGAAAUGUCUGAUGAUUGCUCUAGCAGUCUUCUAUGGGUUAGAAAAGUCAAGCUUUUAGCCUCAGGAGAUGUGUCCAUACUUAAUUAAUGUGGAUUUAUCUUUCUUGACGUGACUCAAGUUGGGGCACCAAUCAUUAUUAUUUCAACAGCAAUUUAUGCAAAGCACGUCAAUUAAGGAAUCCAGUAGCUUGUGGUAGAAAUAUAUUUUCUUGUUAAAUUAGUCCACCACAACGCAGAAUCCUUUUGAAAGGCUCUGGCAUCAGCACUCCAACAACCAACAGCAGGUAAAAUAUUAACUUUUGUUCUGCUGACAAGAUGCUGCCACCGCUUCCUUAUUAGUGGAAACAGUUGAAAGUGUAUGUGUGUCCAGAUGUCGCUCUAAUGGAGAAGGAGGAGUUUGAUCGUUACCAAAGAAACCCAUAAAUCAACAUCUACUGUAUAGUAGUCUGACCAAUCAGAAUAAGAGCAUAGAGUGGAGAUGUUUUAUCUUUGGAUGAUUAUCCAGAUGGAGAUAAGUUGCAGCUUUACCUAACAUCAACCUUUCUUCGUGUUGCUGUGAUUUAAAACAGUUUUUUAUUUACUUUAUGGAGAGAAAUGCCACAGCCUGCAGUGAUGGACACAGUUUUUGAGGAACUACUCAUGAGAUCUGCGUAUUUCACCGAGACUUUGAUUGUUUGUCCUUUCUGAAGCAAUUAACCUCUUUUCCGAGUUCAAACAUCAGUGUGUCCAUUCUGGUGCUGGAAGAGGUUGAUGGCGAGGUUCCAGUUGGUCCCAGUCAAAGUGAGCUGGACAGUACUUUUGACUCUGGCCCACUUUACAUACCUGCUGGUUGGGGCCACCAUCUUCCAGAUACUGGAACGUGAGGCUGAGAGCAACAACCGAAACCACUUCCAACUGGAGAAGUUGAAUUUCUUGGCUAAUUAUACUUGCCUGGACGGACCAGCCUUGGAGAAAUUUGUUCAGGUGAUUUUGGAUGCCUGGGAAAACGGGGUGAAUCCCUCAGGCAACUCAACAAACCCCAGUAACUGGGAUUUCUGUAGCUCCUUCUUUUUUGCUGGCACAGUAGUCACAACUAUAGGCUACGGAAACCUCUCCCCCAGCACUGUGUCCGGUCAGGUUUUUUGUGUGUUUUACGCACUGUGCGGGAUCCCACUGAACCUGGCCUUCCUCAAACAGCUCGGGAAGUGUCUCACCAUCCACCUCGGUCGACUGAAGAAGGGAAUGGUCUCAGUUGUUCCACACAAGCAAACAGUUGAGGCUCUGGCAGUGAGCUUGUUCUUCAUCACCGGCAGCCUGCUGUUUUUGGUCAUCCCUCCUCUGCUGUUCAGUUACGUGGAAGGCUGGACAUUUGGCGAGGGCUUCUAUUUCGCCUUCAUUACCCUCAGCACCAUUGGUUUUGGAGAUUACGUGGUGGGGACUGACCCAGGCAAGGAGUACAUCUCUCUCUACCGCAGCCUGGCAGGCAUCUGGAUCAUCUUUGCCCUGGCUUGGCUUGCUCUUAUCCUCAACAUGGGAGCCAGAAUAAUGGAGCACCUGAUUGGCCUGACUCAUCCAGGCUUCAAGAACCAAGAGGUAGAAGAGGAAACAUCGUCCAGUAAAUUAGAAGACACGUCAAAGAUCUGACAUCUGGACUAUUGACCUGUAACAUUCACUAUGUAGAAUAUAUUCAGAAAAAUGUUUUGUAACAUUCCUUCUCUAAAUCCUUUAAUUUAUAAUAAUGUCUCAUCUUGUCCAGGAGUGGUUUAAUAUGUUAUCAACAGGCUGGAAAGAUAUUGCAGGUUCUUGUUUGACAAUUCUACCUCAGUUCAGCCAGAGAGUCUAUAUUUAUCAAACUUCUAAGAAUUACUCUCAUUUGGCUACAAUGGAAACAAAAAGAAAACCAAACUGCAGCAGUAACUGUGCUGCUGGUAGACAAUCGGACAAUAUUCAGUCCAUAUUAAACAUACAAAAUUAAGAAUGCAGUACCACAAUUUCAUACGCAGAGAAAGAAAUCCAAUGCCAGCUUUAUUUGUGCUGACACCUCAUCCAAAUGUUCACAUCACGUUUAAUAGCACACUAAUGUUACCUGCUAAAUAUUUUAUAUAGCUUCAAAAAAAUAUUUGAUACAUUUCUUUAAUUCCCUUGCUUUUAAGUCUGCGUCCAGAAGUAAAAGUGAAAGAUGGUUACUUUUAUCUUCAACUUCAGUCCAAAAUUCUACUUUGAGCACUUUAUAGUCUCAAUAAGAAAACAUGUUUAACCAUGUAUUGCCUCAGGUAGGAAUCCUGUAAUGUUUUUCCAUCCUCAGACAACAUGUAGAACUAAAUAACUGUUGAACUGUGUGUUUUAUGUGCUUUUUAUUGUAUGUUAUUGCUCUACAUUAGUGUAGUAGUAGUAGUAGUAGUUGUUGUUGUGUGUGUGCGUGUGUGUGCGAUCGCGUGAUCGUGUGAGUCCACAUCUGCCUUUGUGUACUGAUGGUAACCUCUGGUGAAUUGAGCACGGAGGGCUAUCUUAAACAAACCCAUUAGUCAAGAUGGUGAUGGGACGUGACCUGACGCAGCAGUCAGGACUGAUCCAAAACAGGCAGCUGGAAGAACACAGGAGAAGAGCUCAUGUUUUUGUUUUGAAAAAACUGUCACUUUCUGUCUUUAAUGCUGGUCAGUAUGAGAACUGUUGUCCUGAGGAAAGAAAUACAAACUGAUAUGUACUGUACUGAAAUGAUUUAACUGUAGGUGGUCUUGAUUGAUGACAUGACCUCAUAAACCAUGGACAGAAACUUCAAAUAUCUGACAUUCCCUGUAGUCAUCACCUACAGCCCAACCUCUGCCAGUGUCAUAUUGUUCCACUAGAUUUGCAUGACAGACCAUUGGAGUGAUUAAAACAGUAGUGCAGGUGGAGGUUAAUUUGCAUGCAUGCAAUGCAUGGAAAGCUGAGGAGCAGCGAAGGUAAAUCAACACACUUUUGCUGUGCCCAGCUGCAGAGGUUGAGACGCUAAACUUGCCUGGAUCCAAAGAUUUUACCAGGUAGCCAAGAUGGAAAUAAAGGAAAUGUUGAACUUGGCACGGGUGCCCUCCAUCCUCAUGCUUGGGGUGGUUUACGUGGCCUAUGUGCUGA